AUGACGGCCAUCUCGGUGACCUCCGUUCACGUCUUGGACAAUCCCACCAAGAUCACAAAUCCUCUGCAGUUCGAGAUACAGUAUGAGUGCCUGUAUGAUCUACAAGAUGAUCUGGAAUGGCGACUCACUUACGUUGGGUCCGCCGAGUCCGAGAAGUAUGAUCAAGUGCUAGAUGCAGUGUUCGUCGGCCCUGUGGCGCCCGGCCAGUACCGAUUUGUGUUCCAGGCUGACCCUCCAGACUUUUCAAGGAUACCACCCAGCGACAUUGUCGGAGUGACAGUCAUCCUCCUCACCUGCUCAUACAAGACGCAGGAGUUUAUUCGGGUAGGGUACUACGUGAACACAGAGUACGAGGAGGAGACGCUACGGGAGGAGCCUCCCGAGACUCCACAGCUUGACAGGCUGAUGCGAAGCAUCCUCGCCGACAAGCCCCGCGUGACCAAGUUUCCCAUCGAGUGGGACGCGGUCAAGGAAAGCACGGCGGCCAUGGACAUGGACAUGGAUGCACCCAUGGAGUGA